ACGGCGCGCGCAGAGGCCCAGGCUGCACCGCGCUGCUCGCGCCCGUUGUCGCGGGGCUCGGAAGGGCUGGGCUGGGCAGCGCACUGGGCCUCCCGACUUCACCCGCGGCGGUAGGAUCUGGCGCGCUAUGGAUGCAGAAUCUGAGGGGGACGUUGGCCUCGGGGCUUCUUUCGUCUCACAAUGUUUUAUACCAGUCACAUAUCCACACAAGUGUUUCUCUUGACAUUUCUCGAAAAUGGGAGAAGAAGAAUAAAAUUGUUUACCCUCCACAACUGCCUGGAGAACCUCGGAGACCAGCGGAAAUCUACCAUUGUCGAAGGCAAAUAAAAUACAGCAAAGACAAGAUGUGGUAUUUGGCAAAACUGAUCCGAGGAAUGUCCAUUGACCAGGCUUUGGCUCAGUUGGAAUUCAGUGACAAAAAAGGGGCCCAAAUAAUUAAAGAGGUUCUCUUAGAAGCACAGGAUAUGGCAGUGAGAGACCACAAUGUGGAAUUCAGAUCCAAUUUAUAUAUAGCUGAGUCUACCUCAGGGCGAGGCCAGUACCUGAAACGCAUCCGAUACCACGGCAGAGGUCGCUUUGGGCUCAUGGAGAAGGUUUUUUGCCAUUACUUUGUGAAGUUGGUGGAAGGCCCCCCACCUCCCCUUGAGGCACCAAAGACAGCAGUUGUGCACGCCAAAGAGUACAUUCAGGAGCUUCGCAACCGGACCAUCAUUCACACCCUAUAGUGGGGGAAUUCAGAUUCUACAUUGUAAAUAUUUUGCCAUUUAUUUCCUAGAAACAAACAAAAAUUAAAGACAAAUGCUUUUUAUGA